AAUCUCCAGUCCACAUUGAAGAGUAUUCAUGAUCGAAACAUAACACAGUACAACUCGACGUGCAACACAUGUUCAUCUCUGGUGAAAGACUUCAGGAUGAAACAAGAAUAUCAGGACCUUAUUCUGCAGGAGUGUGGUGCAAAGGCUCUGCGUGUUGGUGACAAAAUCCAGACGCUGUGGAGCGGCUAUGGCCAGAUUGUGAGGGUCCAUUUAGAUGGCUGUGACCGCCCCUCUGUCGUUGUCAAACAUGUCAUGUUCCCAAAGGAGGCCGAGCACCCUGGAGGCUGGAACACAGACCUGUCCCACAUGCGCAAGGUGAGGUCCUACCAAGUGGAGACGCACUGGUACCAGAACUACUCCACCAAUGAUGGCUGUCGAAUGCCAGCCUGCCUGGCUGCUUGUUCAUACGGUGACGAAAAGCUGAUCGUUCUGGAGGACCUGGAUGUGGUGGGCUUCGACCAGAGAAGAACCAGCGUUAGGGAUGCAGAGAUGAGGGCCUGCCUCAGCUGGCUGGCCCACUUCCAUGGCCUCUUCCUGGGGGUGGUGCCAGAGGGACUGUGGCCCGUAGGUACCUAUUGGCACCUGGAAACACGCCCUGACGAGCUGAAUACCAUGGACGACGCCCAGCUCAAAGCAGCUGCCGGGGAGAUUGACAGGAUCCUCAAUGAAUGCAGCUUCAAGACAAUCGUUCACGGAGAUGCCAAACUAGCCAACUUCUGCUUCUCUGGGAGUGGGCAGGGUGUGGCGGCAGUGGACUUUCAGUACGUGGGCGGAGGCUGUGGGAUGAAGGAUGUUGUCUACCUCCUGGAGGAAAUAGAGGAGAAACAGCUUGAAAAGAGGGUUCCUGGCCUGCUGGACUACUACUUCACAGAACUGAGGGCAUCAGUGACCAAGCAGGUGGACUUUGCUGCCCUGGAGAAAGAGUGGCGGGAGAUGUUUGCCUUUGCCUGGACAGACUUCCAUCGCUUUCUCCUGGGAUGGAUGCCAGGACACCGGAAGAUCAACAGAUACACUAAGCAGCUGACUAAAGAGGUGCUGAGGAAACUGAAACGGUGACUUAAGCCUCUGCCAUUUAGGCUCAUCAAUCACCUGCUGAUUGGACUGGAUUGUAUUGAGGGAUGUAGAUCAGAAAAACUGAUUUGCUGUGUGUUGUUGGGAGAGCAGAAGAUUGAUUUAUUAGGCCGACUUUGAGCCCAAUUUAUGGUAUACAAUCAAACAAUGCCCUGAAAAAGGUUUUCCUUACAAGCUAGAAUGUUUUAAAUUACAUUUACACUUACUUUAGCAGUUGUCUGUGCGGCUGGUUCUUCAGCUGCUCGAAAUUUGAGACCAUAUUCACUGAAAGUUUUUACCCGACUAUUUAGAGCACAGGUACUGAAUUUAGAGCACAGGUACUGAAUUUAGAGCACAGGUACUGAAUUUAGAGCACAGGUACAUACAUUUCUAUCACCCAUAUGCACAAAACCAUGUAAACACCCGUUAGUAUGCAUCACGUGUAUGUACUUUAACCGGUUUAAUAAUACUUUACUGUGGAUAUGUACAACAACAAGAAAUGGCCAGUUGACGGACCAACACUACGGACAAUCGGCAGUUCAAAUAUCAUUCUAUUCAACAUUUGACAGACGAGACAUUUCGUUUUUUUUCUAUGUAAGGGUGUAUGGCAUUGCCUACACAGUUUAAGGAAUUGCCACGUUUCGUGACUAAGCUGCAAUUUGUUAUCUGCAGAUAAACUUAAUAAAGCACUUUUAAUUCGCA